UUCAUCUUCGGCAACAGAGGUUCCCUACUCAGGCUCACUUUGACCAGCAAUUCCAACAAAACAAUGGUAUGGUACCCAUGCAUCACCAACAGAGGUUCCCUACUCCAAUUCCAUGCCUUCACCACCCUCUCCAUCUUUUCAUCAACCGUGAGCUUACUACACAGUGCCUACUUCUACAAAUAAUACUGCAUGGUUUCCUGAUUCUGGUGCUAGUCACCAUGUUACAGCUGAUCCAUCAAAUUUACUAUCCUCCACACCAAGCAUUGCAGACUCGGACAGGCUCUAUGGAGGUAAUCGUACAGUUUUUGCAGCAUCCAACUAUUCAACAAUGGAAAGCUCUCAAACGCAUACUUCAAUAUCUAAGAGAUGCAGACUAGGCUAGCGAUAUGGAUGAUCGAAAAUUUGUAAUUGAGUUCUGCAUCUACCUGGGUAACAAUUUGGUCUCAUGGAAGUGCCAAAAACAAGGCAAACUAAGAAGGAGCAGCACUGAUGCAGAAUACAGGUCGCUGGCCUCUACUCAAUCAGAAAUUAUAUCCAUUCAACAACUUCUUACUGAGUUACGAAUCCCUCAACGAAUUCCCCCCACCAUAUACUGUGAUAAUCAGUUAGCAUGCCUCCUAGCUGCAAAUCCUAUACUUCACAAUCGCUCAAACAUCUUGAGCUUGAUCUACAUUUCUUAAGAGACCUUGUUAAUCAAAAAUAACUUUACAUAGUGCACAUCCCUUCCUUAGAACAAGUUGUUGACAUCUUUAUAAAAUUCCUCUCCAUCAAGUUUGAUAAGUUUGAGGGGGGUAUUAAGGGAAAUAUAGACAAUGGAAAUGAAGGGUAGUUAUAGUUUGUUAUCAAUUUCUAGCUUCUGUUAUAAGCCGUGAGGGUUUUGUUAGCUUUCUAUUUUCUGGAAGCUUCCUCAUGUACCUGUAUAAAUACAGGUUCCUUCCUCUCUUGUACAUACAAUGUUAAUUCACUCUUCUUCAAUAAAGCAAGUAAUUCAGUUCUUAAUCUCUUUGUUUCUUGUGU